AUGGGCCUCACUGAUCUUGCUGCCGAUGCUGGUUUGACCGUUCUUAACUCUUGGUUAGAGUCUAGGAGUUACAUCACUGGAACCUCUCCUUCCCAGGCUGAUGUUGCCGUCUUUAACGGCGUCUCCAAGUCCCCUGAUGCCGGAAAGUACCCCCAUGCUGCCCGUUGGUACAAGCACAUUGCUUCCUUCGCGGAUGAGUUCACUACCCUUCCUGGUGACGCUUCGGCCCCAGCCUCUACAUAUGGCCCUGAGGUCGCCGCUGCCGCCGUGAACCCUGCCGCCGCACCGGCUACUGAGGCCGAGGAUGACGACGAGGUUGACUUGUUCGGUUCGGACGAGGAGGAGGAGGACCCAGAAAAGGAGGCCCUCACCCAGAAGAGAUUGGCCGAGUACGCCGCCAAGAAGGCCGGAAAAGUCAAGCCAGCUGCCAAGUCUGUCGUUACUAUGGAUGUCAAGCCUUGGGAUGAUGAGACUGAUAUGAAACAACUGGAGGCAAACGUCAGGGCCAUUGAGAAGGACGGUCUUGUCUGGGGAGCCUCUACUUUGGUUGCUGUUGGUUUCGGUAUCAAGAAGCUUCAGAUCAACUUGGUCAUUGAGGAUGACAAGAUUGGUCUUGACGACCUGCAGCAACAGAUUGAGGAGGACGAGGAUCACGUCCAGAGCACUGACAUCGCCGCUAUGCAGAAGUUGUAG